AUGGAAGAUGGCCAGAUAUGCGACAGCCACCUCCACGCGGACCUCCACCAGGGCAAGGCCGGGGUGGCUAUCCAAUGGGUCCAGUGCGAGCUGCUAGCUCGGGCAGAUCAGACCGACCUGGCAGAGACUAUCCAGAAUCCAUGGGCCCGUGCACCACUCUAUCCAGGCCAGUCGACCUACCAAGAAACAGAUUACCCAGCGAACCCCAUAAGCGAACCUCCUAUGCGUCCUGAUACUGCUGGGAGCAUGCGCUCCCCACGAUCUCGUGGCCCCAACGAUAUAGACCCCGGCCUAAUGAUCCAUCCCACUGUAUUGAUGAUUCCCCCAGAACCCGCCAAUCGUGUUUCAUAUGCGCCCAAGGAAUUUCUGGACAGCUAUUAUGAGUCUGGUGGUGCUGAUGAACCUGAUAUGCCUAAUUUUGAUGCCAUGCCAGACCCUCAGCAGCACACCCCGAUUGAUGAGAUGGGUCUGGAAACCACACCGGCCAAGAGACCAGUCCAUGGUCCGACUUCUUUACCUGGAGACUACGCAUAUCCCCCCAACGGAGUGGAGGCUAUGCACCCCCAAUCUCAACCAAAUUUCCAACAAGCAGACGCUGCCAAUCAGUUCCAAAAUGCGGGAUUCCAGUUUGGUAUUCCUGGAGAACCUUCCCUUGCGCCCGCCUUCGACCACUCAGGCCCUGCUGGAUAUGUGUCGAAUGGUUACGAAGAUUACGCCGGUCACUCGCAUGGUCCUUCCCCGGUCCGGACCAACCAGUCAGGCUAUUCCCACGAACAGGUCGAAAUGCCAGAUCCUCACCAGAAUCCCAGUGCUCUUCCUCACCAGAAUCCCGGUGCUCUUCCUCACCAGAGUCCCGAUGCUCUUCCUCACCACCCAGCCCCAUUCCGCCCCGGCCAUGAUCAAGGGUCAAAACCUACACCAGUUCGGCAAUACACCGCUCCUGAAACCAUCACAGCCCCCGCUGCUCCACAGCCAAUGGUGUCUGGUGCAACGGCUAAGACUCCUGUCACGAUUGAAGAGAUACAGCGGCUACAACAGCAGGCGCGAGGCAAUCCUUCUGAUCAGAAGACUCAACUUCUCCUCGCCAAAAGGCUGGUCGAGGCAUCUACAGUUCUUGUAGAGGACAGCAGCAGACUUGAUCCGAAAACCAAAGCCAAGGCCAAGGAGAAGUAUGUGAUGGAUGCGCAUAAGAUUCUCAAAAAGCUUGUUACAGCUGGGUACUCAGAAGCGCAGUUUUUCCUGGCUGACUGCCACGGUGAGGGCCUACUAGGACUAGAAGUCGACCCCAAGGAAGCUUUCUCACUAUAUCACUCUGCUGCAAAGCAAGGACACGCACAGUCUGCAUACCGUGUGGCUGUAUGCUGCGAGAUCGGCCAGGAAGAAGGUGGCGGUACCAAACGUGACCCAUUCAAGGCCGUGCAAUGGUACAAGCGUGCCGCUGCGCUCGGUGAUACACCCGCCAUGUACAAAAUGGGAAUGAUUAAUCUAAAGGGACUGCUGGGUCAAGCUCGGAACCCCCGGGAGGGUGUAUCAUGGCUCAAGCGCGCGGCUGACCGUGCAGACGAGGAAAAUCCGCACGCUCUCCACGAGCUUGCCCUCAUGUAUCAAAACGCUAGCGGUAAUGAUAUCAUCGUCCGCGACGAGCAGUAUGCUUCCCAGCUAUUUCACCAAGCUGCGGAGCUGGGCUACAAGUUUUCGCAAUUCAGACUUGGUACUGCCUACGAGUACGGCCUUAUGGGAUGCCCCAUUGACAAUCGCACAAGUAUCAUCUGGUACACCCGUGCCGCGGCCCAGGGUGAACACCAGAGUGAACUCGCACUUAGUGGCUGGUAUCUCACUGGAUCAGAGGGCAUUCUACUGCAGAAUGAUACCGAGGCCUAUCUGUGGGCUCGUAAGGCCGCCACCGCAGGUCUUGCCAAGGCAGAAUAUGCUAUGGGAUAUUUCACUGAAGUCGGAAUCGGCUCUGCUGCUAACCUAGAUGACGCAAAGAGAUGGUACUGGCGCGCAGCUGCCCAAGGAUUCCCCAAGGCUCGUGAGCGCCUUGAAGACCUUAAGAAGGGUGGAAGUCGAAUGCAAAAGACUCGUCUCUCACGCUCGGCCGUUAAUAAGCAGAGUGAUGGAGACUGCGUUCUCAUGUAA